UAGAAAACACUGCUGAUGGACAACUAUACUAGUAACACAGAAUUCAUCUUGAUAGGUUUCUCAAGUAUGAAAAAAUGGCAAAAUGUUCUAUUUGGACCAUGCCUAGUACUUUAUCUGUGUAUGGUAGCUGGGAAUAUUGCUAUUAUUUCCCUGAUCUGUUUGAAUUCAAGACUUCACACCCCUAUGUAUUUUUUCCUGUGUAAUUUUUCCUUGGCAGAAAUGCUGGUCACAUCCACAGUAGUUCCCAGAAUGCUGGCAGACCUUAUGACUGAAGGGAGUACUAUCUCUUUCGGAGGGUGCCUGGCUCAGUUUUAUUUCUACUUUUCUCUGGGGACAACGACAUUCCUUCUACUGACUGUAAUGUCAAUUGACCGCUAUGUGGCCAUCUGCCAUCCCUUGCAUUAUGCCACUAUCUUAAGCAAUAGUGUCUGCAUCCAGCUGGCCUUGGGGUCAUGGAUGAUUUCCUUGUCUUCCAUGAUUCUACCAACAGUUUUCAGGGCUCGACUGUUGUUUUGCAGUUUAAAUCAGAUUGACCAUUUCUUCUGUGACAAUGCACCCUUGCUCAGACUCUCCUGUUCGGACACCCACCUCAUUGAGAUCUGGGACUUCCUUCUUGCCAUCCUAUUUGUGUUAAGCUCUUUUCUUGUGACCAUGGCCUCCUACGUUGCAAUCAUCUCCACCAUCCUGAGGAUCCCAUCUGCAACUGGCCGGCAGAGGACCUUCUCUACCUGUGCCUCGCACCUCACUGUGGUGGUCAUCGGUUAUGGCACCACCAUCUUCAUUUAUGUAAGGCCCAGCAAACACUACUCAAGUGACGUGAACAAAUUGGUUGCCCUGUUAACAUCAAUAGUGACCCCUUUUCUAAGUCCUUUCAUCUUCACUUUGAGGAAUAAGAAAGUCAAUGAGGCCUUCAGAGACUGGCAGAGGCACCUGAGAGGUUCACAAAGAACAACAUUGUGA